CAUCGAGGUGGAUCGUUUUUCGAAGUUUGUUUUCAUACUGCAGAUAUAGUCUCCUGUUAAAACUGUGCAAGUUGAAGUCAUGUUGAAGCUUUGUGUGAUCUUAUCGUUGACGGUGUUGCGUCUUAAAACUGCCUUUGGUGCGGAUGUUAUAACCGGAACAUUGCAAUACUUUGUAUACAACAGACAACUACAAAAUUUGGUAGAGUUGUCGAACAAUGACAGUGAUUUCAUACAGAACGGAUGCGAUCCAAGGGAACAAUAUGCUUUGAUUGUUCACGGUUGGCGAGAAGGAAAUACCACCGAAUGGGUUAUCGACACGGUGUCCAAUAUGACAGCCUAUCGGGAGGGCUGUGUAAUGCUUAUGACAUAUGGCAAUAACAAUCGUAACAUCGACUAUUACAAAGAGCUGGUACCGUUUUUCGAUCUACUAGCGAGAAAUAUAACCGAAUACUUCCAACGGUUGGAAACACUUGGAUUCGACUCGAGUAACGCGAUAGUUUUUGGUUUUAGUUUUGGCGCGCAGUUAGCAUUAGAAGCCGGUAGAAGAUUUGGGUUUCAAAAACUUGGACGUAUAGAUGCUUGCGAUCCAGCUGGACCGUCGUUCGACGGUGACUCAGCUCGCUUUCCGCUGGAUCCGAAGGCAGCUGCCAAAUGGAUUCAGUGUAUUCACACCAGCUCAAAGUUCGGAACUAGCCGAAGAAAUUGUCAUGUCAACUGGAACAUGGGCCAGUGCGGUAAAGAACAACCAGCUUCGGGGAGGUAUCCGAAAGGGUCGCACGGUUUGUGUCCGUACUUCUACAACAGUGCAUUCACGCAUAAUUUCUACGCAGUACCGAUGCCGAAGUCUUGCAGCGCGAGACGUGUCACAAGUACCUGGCCGGAUGGAUUCAAGAUGGGUUACUUCUGCGAUAUGGAAAGCGGAUUUGAAGGAGAACUAUUUUCGUUGACCACCAAGGAAUACCCCUAUAAUGAUGAGAGCUCAGAAACAUUAUAAGACUGACUGGAUUGUUAUGUGUUUCGUUAAUUCCCUUGGUGUGGAAUAUUUGGACUGUAUAUUAAAAAAUCAAAUUUAUUUAACUGAAACUUGAAAUUGUAAUCCUUUAUAUACUAAUGUUCCAAAUUCGUUUAAAUGACAAUUUCGGUUUCAGUUACGUAGUUAUAUCAGUAUACGAUAAAAGAU